ACUCCCUCUCGUCCGCCCCCUCCGUGAAACCAACGCCCCUCUCUCCCCGCGCACGAGACCCAUCGCGAAUGGAAGUUGCUCCUGCGGUGAAGCAACUCCUCCCCAUGGCGCAGGGCCCCAACUCCCCGUCCUCCUCCACCACCUCGCCCUCGCCCGCCGCGCCGUCCCCGCCGCCGCGCCAGCAGCAGUCGCAGGCGCCCGUGCCGCGCAUCAUCGACACCACGCCCUUCCCCACCACCUUCGUGCAGGCCGACACCGCCAACUUCAAGCAGGUCGUCCAGAGGCUCACCGGCUCCGACACGCCGCCGCCUGCCCAGAAGCCCGCCAAGACCCACGGCCACCACCACCACCACGGCGGCGGCGUCGGGCCCAAGAAGCCGGCCUUCAAGCUCUACGAGCGCCGGAUCGGCAAGAACAACCUCAAGAUGAUCGCGCCGCUGGCGGGGCCGUCGCCGCGGAAGGCGGCGCCGGAGGUGCUGUCGCCCAGCGUGCUCGACUUCCCUUCCCUGGCGCUCGGUAGCCCCGUCACGCCGCUGCUGGCCGACCCCUUCAACCGGUCGGCGUCGGCGUCCCCGGGCGAGCAGGACGAGGCCGAGGCCGCGGCCAUCGCGCAGAGGGGCUUCUUCCUGCACCCCUCGCCGAGGGGCGUCGAGCCGCCGCGGCUGCUGCCGCUGUUCCCCGUCACGUCCCCCAAGAUGGCGCCGUGGCCGUCGCAGCAGUGAUCGCGCGGGGCGGGCCCCCGCUGCCGGAGAAUUCCUAGUACUGCCGCUUCAGAUACUACUUGUUUAAUUAACUCCUUGGUGCGUCAUGUUUUUUUUCUUUUUAUUUUUGCUCAUGGUAUUCAACUCUUGAGCGAUCGCGAAGGAACGGAAAGAAAGAUCACACUCUUGAGCUUCUUGUGCUCUCUGCUGUUUCUACUACGCACUUGCCUAAUCUACUCCGCCAUCGACGCUCUCCAUUCUCUUCAGCUUUUGCUUCACCAGAAACAACAUAAAAAUGCUUCUUUUUUUGUUUUGUUUUGUUUUGUCAAGGGUGAAACGAACGAAGCAUUGCACGGUAUAGUAUAGUCGAAUCCUUACGGUUUUUAGACGUCUUCCUGAUCUAGCAGCCUGACAGGGACGGAGUUUCUGGGGGGACUGUAAUUUUCUAGUGUCACAGAGCUCGAAACGAUGGUGAAAAAUCACGAAUUUUAUUUAUGUUUGGGCUG